AUGGAUUUCAGUUCUUUAAAUCCGGCAACAUCUAACUCCCUAAAUGUUGCUGCGAGAAAUAACAAUGUAAAAACAGUUAAAAGAUUACUUAAGAAAAUUAAUGUUAACUGUACGGAUAACCGAGGUUGGACGUGCCUUCACGAGGCUGCUGCGAAUGAUAGUUUUCUGUGUCUUAAGUUAAUUUUAGAAAACGAGGACGUUAGACCAUUAGUAGAGACUCACGAAGGCCACACUGCACUCUAUCUUGCAUGUCGGUUCAAGAGUUCCAUUAAGACAAUAAAAUAUCUUCUCGAUGCCGCACCUGAUAUAGCAAACUAUGGAAGCAAUGAAGGUGUAACACCCAUGCAUAUUGCAUGUUCUCAAGGUAAUAUCGAGCUAAUACAGUUGCUUGUAGAUUAUGGAGCGAUUAUUGAUGUCCAAGAUUUUGACGGUGAUACUCCAUUGCAUGAUUCCAUACUUAGCUCACAAUAUGAAGUAAUUGCUACAUUACUACAUGCAGGAGCAGAUCCAGAAAUUAGAAAUGCGCAGAAGCUUACAGCAUUUCACUUAGCAUGUUACAAUGGAUGUUUACAAAUUGUAAAUAUAAUUUUUCCAUUUGUCAUUGAUAUUAAUCAAUUGGCAGGAAAUGGCGAUAGCCCUCUUAUAUUAGCAGCUCAAGGGAGUAAUGAUGAAAUUGUUAAAUUUUUGCUAGAAAAUGGUGGUGAUCCCCAUAUUAAAAAUAAAAAUGGAGCCAUAGCAUUAACAACGGCUUUAUAUGUGGGCCAUUUACCAACUUUUAAACUCUUACUAAAUGUUACUGAUAUCAAUAAAAUGGACCAUAAAAUAAUAUUGACUGCAUGUAUGGAAAACUACUUUAAAAUAGGAAUACUCGAAACUCUUUUAAUUCUUGACUUAGGUCCAGAAUUUUUUAAUUAUAGUACACCAUUCAAUUUUAACCCAGAACAUGUUGGUCUGUCUCCGAAAGUAUAUCUAACAAAUGCACCCAUAAAUAUAUAUUUGAAGAUUUGUGAAUAUAUUUACCUAAAAUCUCAUGAUAAGUUUCAACAGUUCUUUUACUUAUUUCUAAUGCGAGGACUUGCAGUUGAUGCAAUAGAUGUUAAUGAGUGUCCACCACUUGUAUACAUUCAUUACUGUAUGCACUCAGCGUGCUUUAGUGAUGUUUUUCAAAUUUUAAGGGAACAUGGAUGCAAUGUUGAUUACAAUAGUAGUUUUUUUAUAAAGUAUAGGAAAAGAAGAUUCAUACCUGAUGCUUUUUUUACAUCUAUUUUUUCUGACCCAUCUACGUCACUUGUUAUGUUGCCAUAUAGUCUGUACUGUGAUCCUGAAUAUCUCUUGGCAAAAAUUCGUCAAAUUGGAUUAUUAGGAAGGAUCUCACCUAAUGUAAUAGACAAAUGGCUAUCAAUGAUACACGAGGAUUUAAUAGGAAUCAAUCCAGAAACCAUUUCAUGCUGUGUUUUACCUUUAAAACAUUUAUGUCGGCAAAAUAUUCGCUCCACUAUUAUCAGCGCAAGUGAUGAGUUUAUAAAUACAAAUAAAUUUCUUGGUAUUCUUCAAACACUGAAGCUACCUCAACACAUACAAGAAUAUUUACGUUUUAUUUAGAAUUUUUGUAUUAUUAUUUAUAAUUAUUAAUCGAUUUUAAGGUCUCAAUAAUAUAAAUAUGACUAAAAGUGAUAUUUGAUAUUCCUGCACUUGCGAUAUUAGAAAAUAAUUUACGAUAUCUUUGGGCUUAAACUCGGAGCACAAUAAAAAGAUUAUAAAUAUAGUUUUUAACUGUGUAUAAAAUGAAA